AUGUUUUUAGCAUUUUGUGAAGGCAGUGGAAAUUCAGUAGGUGAAAUUGGAUUAGCUAGUAUUGAUUUAGGGAGUCCUAUACUGUAUUUAUCACAAUUUAAUGACGAUUUGUUAUAUACAUCUCUAAUUACAAAAUUACAAAUUCAUACUCCUACCGAAGCCAUAAACAGUAUUACAUUUAUGACAAACAGUUUGAAAAUUAAAUUUGAUGGUAAAUUUGGCCGAAUGGUUUUAGAUUAUAAUACAUACAAUCGUUUGGAGAUUUUACAACCAAUAUUUAAAGCUAGACAAAAUAAAGCUUGUUUGUUAGAUAUUUUAGAUAAAACUGUUACUCAAAUUGGAAAAAGACAAAUUCGAGCGAAAAUUCUUGAACCAUAUUUAGAACUUAAAGAUAUUGUUUUUGUUCAGGAAGCCAUUAAGGAUUUAUUAACAAAAUCUAAAAAUGAAAAUUUUAUUGCUUUAAAUGAUCGUGAAGAAAAAGAUAUUAUUAAAUCUGUUCAAACAAUGCUUGAUCGAAUAUUACUCAUAAAAACUCAGUUUGAACUUGUUCCUGAAUUACAUAAAGUAUUGAAACCGUUUAAAUCAUAUAUUUUGUACAAGGCGUAUACAAAUUUAAUGGAUGAACGUUUUGCACACAUCCUAAAUAUUAUUGAUAAAGUUUUACGGCCAGAAACUCGAUUCAUUAGAGGUACAGGACAAAUAUUUCAACGAAUUCAUGCUAUUCGAUCUGGUUUAAAUGAUUACUUGGAUAUUUUAAGAGAAACUUAUAAUAAUUUAACAGAUUCUAUAAAUGAAAAUAUAAAUCAGUUAUCAGAACAGUAUGCCUUACCAUUACGAAUGACUUAUUCAGCAUCAAAAGGAUUUCAUAUUCAAUUAUUAAAACCAAAAAAUAGAGGCGAAAAAAUAGAAAUUCCAAUUGGUUUGACUUUGAUUUAUGAAAAAUCUAAUGCAAUGUAUUUAACUACAAAUGAAAUUAUAAAAUCAAAUUUUAAAUUGAGAGAAACAGCUAAUGAAAUUUAUGUUUGUUGCGAAAAAAUUAUUAAAAAAUUGACAGAAGAUUUAAUACAGUAUAGUGAAGUAAACUUUUUAUUAGUAGAUUUAAUUGCAAAUUUGGAUAUUAUUCUAUCGUAUACUAAGGUAAGCCAAAUGGAUGGAUUUUGUUGUCCAGAGUUUGGUGAAGAAACUCGUGUUAUUGAUGCUUGCCAUAUUUUUUUGGAAAAUUCAAAAUCAAGUAAAAUUUGUGUACCAAACAAUAUUAUCGGGACACCGGAAUAUAAUGUGUAUGUUAUAACUGGCCCAAAUAUGGCUGGAAAAACUGUCUAUCUUAAAACAAUUGCCAUAAUUCAAAUUAUAGCACAGUUGGGAUGUUAUGUGCCUGCGAAAAAGGCAAAGUUUAAAAUUUGUGACAAGAUUUUUACGCGAUUAGGAUUCGAUGACCGAAUAGAACAGAAUGGAUCUGGAUUCAUUAAUGAGAUACGUGAAAUAGAAUAUAUUUUUAAUAAUAUCACUUCAAGAAGUUUAAUCAUAAUUGAUGAACUUUGUAGAACCACAAAUCCUGUAGGAGGAUUUAAUUUAGCUUGGAAAAUUUGCUCAAAGUUAUGUCAAGUUGAACAAAUUUUAGAGACAAAUUAUAAAGUAUAUGAACAAAAAAAAGGAUAUACAGUAGAUACAAAUGAUGAAGACUCUGAAAUAAAAGGUUUUACACUUCAAAAUAUUGAAAUUUUUAGAUUGCCAAUGCCACACAUUUACAUUGCAACACAUUUUCUACGAUUAACUGAAUUAAAAGAAAAAUUUUUCAAUGUUGUCAAUUUACACGUUGAAGCCGAGGAAAUUAUUAAUGGUGAAAAUUUAUCUUUAAAAUAUACCCAUAAAGUUAAAGAGGGUGUAACGACCAUCAAAAAUUAUGGUCUAAAACUUGCAAAACGUGUUGGAAUACCUGAUGAAAUUAUAAAAAAUGCUUAUGAUAUUUUAAAUGACAUUCGGAUGAACUCAACUAAAAAUGAGAAUAAUGCAUCUGCAAAUCAUAAUGAAACAAUUGAUGAAAUUGAUAUAUUGAAAAAAACUCUUGAUAAUUUAUUUCCAAAUAAAAGUUUUCAAAUUCCAAAAAAACCUGACAGUUUUAUGUCAAUUGCCAACUUUAUGAAUAAUUCUGAUCUUGGACCAGUGAAACUACACAAGAAUACUAAAUUAAAUGUAUCCAGUAAUGAUUUGAUGAAAGACUUUAGUUUUAAAAUGUAUGAUUUUUAUGCAGAUAUAAUGACACUUCAACGUCAUACACCAUCAUAUUCAUCAGAAGAAUUUCAAAAAAAAGCUAAAGAAAUGUUUGAAAUUGUAAAAGAAUCACUACCAGUUGAACUUCAAAAUUUAUUAGCUACUAAAGAUAUGUCUUCAAUAUUGGAGGAAAGUAGAAAUGAAAAUGUAAAUACAUCAAUGAAAUUAAAUGAAGAUAAAUUUUUAUUUGAAAAUAAUUUGGAAAGUUUUCAAAAUGAAACAAAUAAUCUUUUUGGAUUAAAAGACAAUGAAAAAUUUAGUUUUCAUACUACCAAAAACCAACAAGACACAACAUCAAAUGAGAUUGUAAAUGAGUCAGAAUUAAAGUCUUUAUUUGAAAAAGAAAAUAAAAAUAAGAUUAAAAUAAUUCAAAACCUCCAAAUUGUUCCACCACAAAAUAAAUUUAAAAAUAAAAUGAAUAACCAAAUUGUUGAUUAUGAAAAUGAAUUGUUUAAAAAUUCAAAACAAUUAAGUAAUUCUUUUGAUUUUGGACUACUAAAAGAUUGUGGAAUAGAUUUUUCAUCAACAAAAAAUUCGCCAGAAUCUUCACAAAAAUACUCUGAAGUAAAAAGAGAAGACAGUGAAUCAACCGCUGUCAGAUUAAACCAAACAAUUGAUUUAGGAAUAUUAAGAAACUUUAAUAAAACAAAAAAUUAAUUUCCGAAAUGAAAAAUUGAUUAUGUUACA